AUGCGUUGGUUCUUCACAAAGCUCAGAGAAGUAAUUGGAGAAGUCGAGGACCUUGCAUUUGUCACCGAUCGGGGACAGUCUAUAAUAAAUGGUAUUGCUGAAAUUUUUCCUGAUACACAUCAUGGGUAUUGCAUGUACCAUAUACAAGGCAACUUAAAGACCAGGUAUCGGGCCAAAGACAUCGUUUCAUUCUUUAGGAAAGCGGCCGAAACUUACAGUAAUGAAGAGUGUAAUAGGUACAUGGUUGAAAUGGGAAGUAAAUCAUUCCCGACAUGGGACUAUCUAAUGAAAAUGGGGAUUGAACAUUGGGAGCGCUUAUAUUUUUCAGAACGUCGAUACAACAUGAUGACGUCAAACAACGUGGAGUCUCUCAAUGUAUUAUUUAAGAGGGAUCGAGAGUUACCCAUUCUCUCACAGAUUGAGAAUAUUCGUACGAAGCUGCAGCAGUGGUUUUAUGAUCGACGUGCGGAAUCACAUAAUUGCACAAGCGUGCUAGCCCCAGCACAAGAGGUAAAGCUCUUCAAGGCUACGAGAAAGUUAAAUGUCGAACCACUAGACGAGUCGCGCUUCGCUGUGGAAUGUGUACGUCAUACGACAUACAUGGUAGAUUUAAUUGAUGGAACAUGCACUUGUAAACAAUUUCAGUUAGAAAGUUUUCCAUGUGAGCAUGCAAUUGCGGUGGCUAUCUAUCGAUGA